AUGUAUAGCAGGUAUAACUCGUAUUCGUCUGGCUCGAGACCCAUCAACUACGCUCCCUCGUCGCGCAGGAGCCAGGGUGCUGCUGACAAGAACCUUCAGAUCCUCAAGACGUUGCUCAAGGAGCCCUCUAACAGGUUUUGUGCUGACUGCAAGACCUCGUCCCACCCACGAUGGGCCUCCUGGAGCUUGGGAAUCUUCAUUUGCAUUAGGUGCUCAGGCAUUCACAGAAGCAUGGGAACUCAUAUCUCUAAGGUCAGGAGUGUGGACUUGGAUUCUUGGAACGACGAGCAAGUCAAAUCGAUGAUUAAAUGGGGCAACAAAAAGGCCAACCACUUCUGGGAGUACAAUUUGCCUGACAACUAUGUUCCAGACCAAAGUAAAAUAGAAAACUUCAUACGAACAAAAUACGACUUGAGAAAAUGGGCCAUGAGU